AAUGUAUGCGUCUUAAUAAACACAUACAUCCACAUUCCACCCAACGAAUAUGAAAGAGUGUGUCGUGCACGUCGUCUUGUUGUUGUUUUGAGUGGUUUCAUCACAGGAAAUGUACAAAUGUAGCUGGAAAAGGGAAAGUGUCAUAAGAUAUCUGCUGACCUUAUGGGUGAAGUAAGAAGUAAGAGGAGACGAUCCACAAUGUCCAGCAGUGUGCUGUGUGGUCGGGGCCGGUUUGUCCUCACUCAGACCGCUGGACAUCAAGCUUUGGUCGCUCUCCGUGUGGGUAGAACCAGAACCUUUUCUGCUGCAAGCUCAGAUGAGCCUUACAUAGCUGUUUCACCCGCAGACUCAGGUCAGAGGACGGUGUGGCCUGAUGAGAACAUGGGACCAUUCGGACCUCAAGACGAGCGCUUUCAGCUACCUGGUAACGUUGGGUUCGACUGCCACUUGGAUGGCAUGAGGGACCAAAAGAAGACUCCGGUGCACAGGACGGUGCCGGAUGUACUGACGGUGCCGAGCAGUGCUGAGAGGCAGCAGUUCAUACUCGCGCAGUUUGUUCAUGAGUUCCAAGGUAAACUGGGUCCCAUCUCCACGAGGGUCCACAAAGCAGAGCAGUAUUUUAACCAGACCAGCACAGACUGCUCCAUAAACUCCUGCCCUGAGCUCCUAAAGAAAGAACUCGAGCUGAUGUUCCCUUCAGCACCCACUGCUUCUAUCACAGUAGUGACGGUGACGCAGAGGAACGGUCGGUGUGAGGAGGCGUCAGAACAGGACAGAGAGAAGCUUCUAAACAAAUUUGUAAGCGGUGCAAAGGAGAUGUGCUUCGCUCUGUGGACCGCAGGCUACUGGGCGGACUUCAUCGACCCAACGACGGGAGAGCCUUUCUUUGCCUCCCCGUCAACUCCACCCACCCUGCAAACAGAAGACGAGCUGAGACAUUUGGGUUUCCACAUCCAAGCGUCCGGCUCCUGCACGGUCAUCCAACACAUCCUGAGAGGAACGCCUUUGUUUGUGGGGACCGUAUUCACCAACGCACCGACUCACAGUGCUGCUAUUGCAAGACUGCAAGGACUUUCUAAUGUACUUGAUGAUGAGGAGUAGGUUUUUUUUAAUACUCCACUGAACCUUAUUCAAACCCAAGGCCUCUAUUUAUAGCGUGAAGAUGCGUGGAGCCUGAUAUGUGGUUGUUGCUACAUGAUUGUGUCGGUGAAAGGUUGAACAAGGUGCGUCUUACUGUAACAAGAACCUGACUGAGACUCUAAUGUAGACCUCGAUUCAGUGCCUGACUGACGGGAGGUCACAUGACAACCAGGCUGAUCCUGCACUACAUCCAGGGAGGAACUCGAAUAUAAAGAUGUGUAAAGAAUUGUGAAAUGUUAUAGCUAAAAAAAAACACUUAGUGUUUUAUAUAUUGGAGCCAUGGGUAUGAAAUGGAAACCAUUCAAAUAAUCUCAGGCAGCUGUUGGAAGCCAAUGUGAAAAAGGUCCUGAUCUCAACACCACCCUACUAUGAUUUUAUGUGAGUGACAUCAGGCCCUUUAACUUUUGUGUGCACAUUCACAAUAUUCUGUUUUUUUUUCUCUGUUUCAAGAAAAGUUGGAAUUCUGUUUUAGGGUAAAAGACUUCAGUUGUGACAUUCAGAACUGCUGAACAAAUAGUGACUUCUCCCCAAAGUGCAAUAACACUGUAUUUUCUACAGCUGUGAGGGUUUGCUCAGGGCCUUGUCCUCACACAUGGAGUUUAUUUUCAAUGCAAAGUUACCCAUUCUUUAAAGUAAUAAAAUAUACGGAUAAAUACAAA